GUGAUCAAUGGCUUGACAGGUGAGAUGAACCGCCUGUACACCAUGUUCACACAACGUAACCCUUACUUUGAGGCCAAUGGAGGAAAGGUUUCCAUUGUGGCCCAUUCUCUAGGCUGUGUAAUCACCUAUGACAUCGUUAUUGGAUGGAACCCUGCUCAGCAGUUUGAUCACCAACUUGUGCAGUCUCUGAUGCACCUCAUAGAGAAGAAAGAAGGCCUGGCACCAGAAGAUCAAAACAAACUGAAGAAAGACUUGCAGGACUUGCUCACUAAGCAUGAGAGCAAGCCCUUACAGCCCUCCCUCAACUUCAAGAUUGAGAACUUCUUCUGCCUAGGGUCGCCCCUGGCUGUAUUCCUUGCCUUGCGCACAAAACAGACUGAGGGUGAACCUCCUGAUAUCAUCCCCCAGAAGCUGUGUAAACGGCUCCUCAACAUCUUCCAUCCUGCGGACCCUGUGGCCUAUAGAAUCGAGCCUCUCUUGUGCCAGCAGUACUCAAGCAUUGCGCCUGUGGUAAUUCACUCAUACAACGCUGCUGAGAAGAUUCCUUACAAUGAGCUCCCCCUUGAACCAAUCAUCGUUCCCAAGGACAAGGACAAAGACAGAGAUGCGGUUGAUCGAAAUGACUCGGGGAAUAACACACCUGUCUCCUCUGUACCGAGCACACCUAGUAAAGGUGCAGCCAGUACAUGGAGCUGGUGGGGCCUUGUAAAAGGCUCGAAGAAGCCUGACUCUGCUAGCCAGGACACCAGCUUAGCCUUGCAGGACGUGAGAGGGCUGGCGGACCGCAUUGACUUUGUUUUGCGGGAGGGGAGCAUGGAGAGCAGCUACAUCUCAGCCAUCACAUCACAUACCUCGUACUGGAGCAACUAUGAUGUGUCUCACUUCUUGCUGAACAUCUUGUACCCUGACAUCCAGCCAACCUCCAGUAAGCCCGAGGUCAUCAAGCCUUAAAUGAAUAUCCUUACACUGAUCCCUCUGUCAGUCAGUCGCUCUAAUGCCUAGUGCAGUUUUGACUGUGAGAUGGAAGUUAGCCAGUUUUUGCACGACAACGGGCAUGAGUUACAAAAGAUAAUAAUCGGUGGUGAUUUGCAUCUAGCCUAGGUAUGGCGAGUUUUUUAUUUUUUUAAGUGUAUAUUUGUUGGUGUUUUUUUGUAAUGGGCAUUAGUCAGCGAUCUGUGCAGAUGAAUAACCAUGUGUAAGAAAUUGCCUUCUUGUGAAUUAAGCCAUGGUAAGUAAGAAUGGAAAUCUGCCCAGAUCGGAAACAGUGGUAAGACUGCGAUGUUUCUCGCAGAGCCAGUGGGAGCAUGAGCUGAAGGUGCAUGGGGUGGGUGACACUGGUGCCUAUAGCAUGAGCAGCUAAAAGUCCUUAGCAUAUUGUACUGGUUAUCAGGGUCUUUUUUGCAAAGUUGUAUUUGGCAUCUUAGGCUGAUGACUACAAAUGAUGAGUGCGUUUUAAAUAGCUUUUUCAAGCAGACAGAGUGAGAUGAAAUUAAUUUUUUUUAUAUGUAUAUUAAGACUGUGAUACAGUAAACCCUCACCAUAAGCACAGAAAGGCAAGAUCACUGAAAUAGGAUCUAGUUUAAUCUACCACUGUUAUUUUUAUUUUAUUGAUAUUAAUUACUCCAUCAUGAUAUCUAUAGAAGCACAAUGGAGAUAGCUUAUUUGAUGAUAAGCAAUUUGUAUGAAUAAUUCAGCUUUGGUCUGGUUUAUAUGCAAAAGUGUUGAGAGUUUAAAAUGUGUGUGCUAAGUCCUAAAAUAGAUUGGACAUCAAGUAUGUUCAGUAGGGUUUUGGGACUAGAGAUAAGAAUGAAAAAUAAAAGAUGCAGAGGCGUGUAUGAAAAUACUGAAAUGAUUCUUUCUGCUAUAUUCUGAUUUUUAUAGCAGGUGAAGCAGAUACAAACUUCCAUUAUAAACAGACACCUUUCCUCUCAAUAUUUUUCAAAUCUUAUUGAAACCCAUUAAUGUGCAUUGGAAGCCCAUUCUAUAAAUUGUAUUUAAAACAAAAGAAUCAAAGAACAGGUCAGACAUAACCCAAAAAAGCCCAUUGCUAUUUUAUGGAUCGUAGAAAGAUUUUCCUGAAAAGAGAGAUAGGAGUGUCAGUCUCUUAUGAGAAGAAUAAAGCGAUGUUGAAUGCUGACUUUGUAGUGUAGCAAGAUACUGUAUUCUGAUGCUAUUGUGAGGGUUAUUGUAUUGUGUAUGGACUAGCCAGUGAUAUGCCUGCAUUUCUAAGAGUUGUGUAUAUGUUAAAGUGUUAUUAUAUACUGUUUAAUGAUCUCAUGGUUUACUGUCUUACUUUAUGAUAGUAUCACAGAUUAACAAAACUCUAUCUUCUUUUCUAUCUCUUAUUUUGUCUUUUGAAGUUCCUUUGCCGAGUGUAUGAGGCAAAGCAUCAAAGUUUUUGAUAAAGUAAGAGAGGAUACAUUUUAGCUCUUAGGACAUAACUGACAAAGCUGAAUGAACUCUUUCAUUCUUUCUCUUGCAGCUAAAUUUCAUCAAAUGGUAUGCUAAUGUGUGAUGAGGGAGAGACCGGCUCUGUGUUAUAGGGAAGUCUGUUUCGCUUUGGGUACUUAAGGGUCACAAUCCCCUCAAGUGUUACAGUGACAGGGAGUCAUGAUCACGACAAAAGUAUCUGUGACACAUUUUCUGCCAUUGCAAACUGAGAGAUGUAUUAACAUUAUAUACUGAUGAUGGUAAACUCUUGAACUGAUAGUCUCUGGUCUGUCUGUUUGGUAGUGAAUUCUUUACAUUUCUGAUAUAAGUUGAAGGUCUGUGUGUGUGUGUGUGUGUGUGUG